GAGAUUCACCUGAACAUAAACCACCACACCUGAGACUUACCUGGACAUAAACCACCACACCUGAGACUCACCUGAACAUAAACCACCACACCUGAGACUCACCUGAACAUAAACCACCACACCUGAGACUCACCUGAACAUAAACCACCACACCUGAGACUCACCUGAACAUAAACCACCACACCUGAGACUCACCUGAACAUAAACCACCACACCUGAGACUCACCUGGACAUAAACCACCACACCUGAGACUCACCUGAACAUAAACCACCACACCUGAGACUCACCUGAACAUAAACCACCACACCUGAGACUCACCUGAACAUAAACCACCACACCUGAGACUCACCUGGACAUAAACCACCACACCUGAGACUCACCUGGACAUAAACCACCACACCUGAGACUCACCUGUCCAUGUGCUGCUGUCUGAGCUCCGCCUCCUCGCCAUGUCCCUGCGGUCUCUGGUCCUGACCCCGGAGAGGAUCCCAGCCUUCUUUGUCCCGUCUCGCAGCCCUCUCCUCCGCCGGCGCUCUCCUGACCGGACCAGACUUCUCUCUGACCACGAUGACGUCACUCUGGGCUCUAGCCCCCCCUCAGACUCCGCCCAGCCUCAAGGAUUGCUCUGCCUCCCAACACCGCGGCUCAGGCGUCCACGCCCCGAAUCUGCAGACGUAGACGUGACGACGCACGCCGCUCUGUCUCUGCCGCACGUGGACAAAGUGACCACGCCCUAUGGGUUCAGCGCCGUGCUGGCCACCAGCCCCUGCACCAGGCGGAGGGAGUCCCUGUUUCACCACAGCAAACCGGCAGCGGUGUCUGUGACUGUGAAGGACGCCGACCUGCAGCACCUGGAGGCUCCUCCCACUCCACCUGGCAGGCCCCAGGUGAGCUCCCGACCCGGCCGGGCUCUGGGUCUGAUGGUCAUCAAGGAGCUGAAGAAACCGGCCGCCGCUCUGAAGGCACUGAGCCCAGCGGCAAGGAGGCGGUGACAUGGACACGCCCACCAGGAGAUGGACACGCCCACCAGGAGAGAAAGAAGAUCUUAUGAUUGGAUGCAAAAAUAAACAGAUUAACAGAAUUUAAUCCAAAAAUAAAGUUUAAUGAGUUUUAUCUUCA